UUUACGAUAGAAUUAUUAAUAAUUGCUGAAAAAAUGAGUUUUGAUUCGACAUCAUCAAAGAAGCUUAACUUCGAUAGAGCUAAUAACUUUAUGCGUCAAUUCAGAGACCCUGACUCUAGAGAGUUGAAGAAACUAUCAGCAAAUCAGUUCAUGGAGGUCUGGAGUCAUUAUGACAGAGAUGGUAACGGCUACAUCGAGGGAACUGAGCUGGAUGGCUUCUUAAAGGAGUUUGUAUCCAGUGCCAACUUCAUUGAUGUUAGCCCAGAUGCUGUAUCAGACUCGAUGCUGGUGGAGCUGAAAGCGUGUUUCAUGGAGGCAUACGAUGACAAUCAGGACGGCAAGAUUGAUAUACGAGAGUUGGCUCAGCUACUGCCCAUGGAGGAGAAUUUUCUGCUAUUAUUCAGGUUUGAUAAUCCUCUAGAAUCCAGCGUGGAGUUUAUGAAGAUUUGGCGUGAGUAUGAUACGGACGGCAGCGGGUACAUCGAGGCUGAUGAACUUAAGAACUUUCUUAGGGACUUAUUAAAAGAAGCGAAGAAAAUCAACGACGUAUCGGAAGACAAGCUUAUCGAAUAUACUGACACGAUGCUUCAAGUGUUCGACUCCAACAAGGAUGGUAGACUACAGCUCUCAGAAAUGGCAAAGUUAUUGCCCGUCAAGGAAAAUUUCCUGUGUAGACAAGUUUUCAAGGGAGCUGCUAAAUUAACUAAAGACGACAUCGAAAGAGUUUUCUCAUUAUACGAUAGGGAUAACAACGGCUCAAUAGAAAACGAAGAGUUGCGAGGAUUUCUAAAGGAUCUACUUGAACUAGUGAAAAAGGAUUACGAUGCACAAGAUCUCCUCGAAUUCGAGGAGACGAUACUUCAAGGUGUGGAGUACAGUAGCGACGGCAAGAUCAGCAGGAAGCAACUCACUAUGAUACUCCUUGCGCUAGCCAAGCACAACCAAGAGGAGGAACCCUCCACUCCGUAAAAACUCUGCACCUCACACAACACUCCGUCCUCCACUCGCGAAUUAAUUAGACAUGACGGUUGAAUGAUCUCUGACACAAAACGAUCUAACGAUUUAAAGAAAAAGAUAACAAAUAGAAUUCAUUCAUCACAUUUUAACAAAAGUAAAGCCUUUUAGACUAUACACGGAAUACCUGUCAUAGUUAAAAGCUUACUUGGGUAAAAUAGUUACGUUUUUUUAUAUAUAAGAGAAGGGGGCAAACGAGCAGCGGGAACAUCAAGGUGUUGAUCGAAACCCAUGAACAUCUGCAAUAC